UUUUAUUUUCAAAUAAGUGACGCGGUAAACAAGAGUGAACGUGUUUGUGGUGACGGUUAUUAUUGUUCAAUUUCUAUUUAAAAUAAAUAUUUCGUGCGUGUUUUUUGUGUAAACUGCAAAAUGGAGCCCGGUUUUGGUUAUCUGGAAUUCGUGCGAAAACCCGGCAAGUCCCCAAAGAGGUACCGCUUGCCGGAAACAGGCCCCACGACAAUUGGGUCAUCAUUGUCGUGUGAUAUUCGCAUUAAAUCGCGGAAAGCAGCCCCCCAGCCGGUGUCCUGUGUUAUUAGCUUGAACAAUGGAGCGGCUAUUUUAGAGAACACAAGUGACGAUUUAAUCCUCCACAAUGGAAAAAAACUGAAGAAGAGUGUUUUUCUUAAAAACAAUGACGAGUUUGUGAUUACGGAAAAGCGUUUUCGAUACAUAAACGCAGGCGCCCCCUCCGUUACGGCCGGCCAGUCAAUUUUUAAUAAAAGACUUUCAGUCAUGCCUGAUUUUAAAGCAAGGACGGUGUCAAAAAUCCCGAUACCCUCAAGACAUGCUACGCCGAGGAGGAGUUUAUCGAUUUCCAACUCCGCAAUAAAGACGUCGAAAAGGUCCUGUUUGAGUGCACUACCAAUCAGAAAACGCGGCCAAAUGUCUGAGUGGAAAAGUAGUAGUGCUGUUAAUGUUACCACUACAAGAAAAUCACAAAAUUUGGCAACAGUGGUCCGCAAAUCUUUGUUUCUGAAAAAUAAAGUGGAAACGUUCCAUUCGUCUGAUUCUGAUGAGAGGAAAUCAAUUGCUUCCAACUUUGAGACUAAGACAACACCACCCCGAGGUGUCAAAAGGGGGCGCUCUUUCAGUACUGGAAGAGUUGUUAAAAGGACAAGACGGGAAGAUACGUUUACUUUGAGUACUUCAAUGUCCGGGGAAGGAGAAUCACUUUACGACACUCUUCUUCAAAUAAUCAGUCCUCAAAAAUCGGUCAAGAAUGUCUCUGACGUGAGUGGCAUUGAGGAUUUUCUUGAAACUUCAAGUCUGGAUUCUCCGAAACUCCAAACUCCGAAAGUUCAAAAUGACGAUUUGAGUGGAAUUGAGAAAAUUUUGAAAACUCCCAGAGCCACAAAAUCGCCCAAGAAUGAUUUAACAAAUGUCGAAAGAAUUACAAAGAUUUUUGGAACUACCAAAGUGCAGAAAUCACCAGGAAAUGAUUUGACACGUGUCAGUGGAGUUAAGAAAAUUUUGAAAACUCCGAAAGUUCAAAAAUCGCCGGAAAAUGACUUGUCAGACGUUCGUGGAGUUAAGAAAAUUUUGAAGACUCCCAGAGCCCCAAAAUCGCCCAAGAACGAUUUAACAAACGUCGAAGGAGUUGAAACAAUUUUUAGAACUCCCAAAGUGCAGAAAUCACCGGAAAAUGAUUUGACACGUGUCAGCGGAGUUAAGAAAAUUUUGAAGACUCCGAAAGUUCAAAAAUCGCCGGAAAAUGACUUGUCGAAUGUUGUUGGAAUUAAGAAAAUUUUGAGAACUCCCAGAGCACCAACAUCACCCAUGAAUGAUUUAACAAACGUCGGUGGAAUUAAGAAUAUUUUUAAAACUCCGAAAGUUAAAAAAUCGCCCAAAAACGAUUUGACAAACAUUAAAGGAGUAAAAAAGAUUUUUAAAACACCAAUAAUUCAAAAGUCACCUAAAAACGAUUUGACAGACGUGAGAGGAGUAAAGCAAAUUUUCAAAACUGUUAAAUCACCUAUAAAUGACUUGUCUGAUCUUGAAGGAGUACAAGAACUGUUCGUUACUCCCAAAAACGAAACUUCUUCCAAUUUACAAUCUUCCAAGGUUCAAAAAUCGCCUCGGAACGAUCUCACGGAUGUUAGAGGGGUAAAAACUCUUUUUAAAACUCCUAAAAAACACCCAGUGGAUAUUUUAUCGGAUUUCGAAGGUUUGAAUACGAUAUUUUCAACACCGAAGUGUGAAGAAGAGACACCUCAUUUGAAAACCUCAUCACCUCCGAGAACAAGGCGUGGUCGCGCUAAACGACCAAUGGCAGUAUCUCCCGCACAGGAAACGGAAACACUUCAAAAACGAAACCGACGCAUGCGUAAAGAAUCAGAAACGAGUGAAACUAACCUUAAAACACCGCAAACCGAAGAAGUGGAAGUAAAAGUGCGAAAAAUGCCAAGAAGAAUUAAUAAAAAACCAGCAGAAGAGGAAAUGGUAGUAUCACCAAAACACACAACUGACCUAAAGACACCACAGCCUGAAGAAGUGGUACCAAAAACACGAAAAAGGCCAGGAAGAAAUAAUAAAAAAGUUGCAGAAGUUGAAAAAGAGGAAAUGGUAGUAUCACCGAAGCAAACAGCUGACCUUAAAACACCACCGUCUGAAGAAGUGGUACCAAAAACGCGAAAAAGGCCAGGAAGAAAUAAUAAAAAAGCUGCAGAAGUUGAAAAAGAGGAUGUGAUAGUUUCAUCGGAACAAAUCACUGACGUUAAGACACCGCAAAUUGAAGAAGUGGAUACAAAAACGCGGAAAAGGCCGAUAAGGAAUGCAAGAAAAGAUGCAGAAGUUGGAAAAGAGGAAGUGACAGUUUCGCUGAAGAAAACAAGAAGUAGGAAGAGGAAGAAUGAAGAAGUGAUUGAAGUUGUUGCAAGAAGUGGAUCGCUGGGGGGUGAAAAUGUGAAAGAGGAGACGAAAAAGGCCACAAAAACUACUAGACGAAAGAAAAUGGAUGAGACAGUUGAUGUAGUGGAAGUUAAAGAGGAGAAAAGUACAAAUAAAAGAGGAAAAAGAACAAAAACUGAGAAUGUCGUGCAGGACACGGAAACUGAUAACAUUAGUUCACAACGUACAUACAAUACUCGCAGUAGGGUGAAGAAAUAACAUGAGUUUUAAAUUUUUAGUUUUAAUUUUUAUCCAUGUUUAUAUUAAAUAUUAUUAACAAUUGUUUCCAUUUAAAUAAAAUAUAACUUCAAGUA